CUUUAUCCGGACUCGGACAUUGGGACGAUGCUGGAGCUGGUUGUCGUGGGCGGCAGCUACGUCGGCUUCUUCGCCUUUGCCCACAUCUUCUUCUCGCGAUGGCUCUUCCAGGACUACGAGGUCAAAGACACGGGCGUCUUCUCGCGGCUCAUCUUCUGCGUCUGCCUUGCGUGCUCGAUGAGCAUUCUCGAGGUCGUCAUCUUUGAGCUUGCGGCAGUUCUCGACAGCGAGACGCGCCAGCUCGUGUGGCAGCUCGACCUCGUCGUGCUCGCGUUCCUCAUUGCAUACCUCAUCCCGUUCGUGCUUAUCUUUACGUUGGCGCGCGAGCAACAGUGCCGGCGACGCACGGCGCUCCUGCUCGCGACAACCUUUGAGCUCGGCUUUCUCUACGCGUUCUGGAAGCUCGGCGACUACGUCACGCUCGUGCAGGACGCGACGCCGCAGCCCACGACGAUCGCGUGGUUUGUCUCGCUUGAGGCCUUUGUGAGCCGUGUGAGCUUCCUUGGCGUCAACUUCAUGGCGGUCCUCUCGGGCUUUGGCGCCGUCAAUGGCCCGUACGAGUACAUGAGCAUGUUUUGGCGCACCGUCGAGGAAGACGACGUGCGCUGCCUCGAGAAGCGUCUGCGCCAGAACCUCGAGAUGGUCGUGACCAAGAAGAAGCGGAUCGUCGUCGAGCGCCGGUACGUGGCGAGCACCGAGACCACGUCGGGCCGGGCCAACCCGCUGCUACGCUUGUGGCACUGGGUCUCGCCGCAAGAGUCGAAAGAGUCGUACCUGCAAAACGUACAGAAGGAGGUCGAGAUCCUCGAGACACUGAGCCAAGAACUCUUCUUGGAGAUCCACGCGAUGCGCGAACUCCAGAAGCGCGCGGCUGAGAUGCGCACGCUCAAAGGGCGUUUCUUCAACCUCAUUGGCUACCUCUUUUGCGGCUUUUGCCUCUACAAGAUGGUCAUGAGCACGGUCAACGUCGUCUUCAACCGCGACCGGGACAAGGACCCGAUCACCAACGCGAUGGAAAAAAUACUGUACCUCUGGCCAGCGCUCGCGUCUUGGAUCAAUGUCCGCUUCAUCUCGGACAUUUCGUCGCUGACGCUCGUGGGCAUCCUCGUGUUUACCCAGACCCGCGGCUUUCUCAUCAUGCUCCUCAAGGUGUUCCGGACGUUCUCGAGCAGUGUCUCCAACAACUCGGUCGUGCUCUUCCUCGCCGAGCUCAUGGGCAUGUACUUUGUGUCUUCGUUUGUCAUGAUGCGCAUGAACCUCCCGACGCAGCACAAACGCCAUAUCGAUGCGGUGCUCGGGCCGAUCGACUAUUACGUGUACUAUUGCUGGUUCGACGUGCUCUUUGUCGUCAGCGCCCUUGUGAGCCUCGGCCUCCUCGCGCUCGUCACCAUGUCCAAGGUCUCACGCACGGCCAUUGACAGCUUUACGCUCCACGACAAGUACCCGUAACUUAGCCGAAAUGCAGCGACCCUUUGCCUUCCCA